GCUUAUAAUUUUAUCAGAUAUAAUCUUAUAAUUUUAUCAGUAUUAUAUAUGUAGAAUCCACAUUGAAAUCACAACAGUAUAUAAUAAUUGAUCAUUUUAGUUUUGUAGUGUAAUUGUGACACAGAUAUUAUAAAUUUGGAACGUGACAAGAUGUCUAGUUUGACGUGGCUGCUUAUAGCCGCCUUGGCCUUGUCACACGUGUGUGACGGCUAUAAAGUCCUGGUGAUGUUCCCCCUGGCCGGCAAGAGUCACGGAAUCCUGGGUAAAGGAGUGGUGCGCCAUUUGCUACAAGCUGGACAUGAGGUGACGUAUAUUACACCAUUUCCGGAGGAGAAUCCUCCAAAAAACCUGCAUCAAGUGGACGUUAGCAACCCUGAAGAAUUCGAGAAGAAUAGCCAAAUUCUGAACGUGACAGCUCUGCUAGAAGGGACAGUGAGCCUAGAUUUUGCUUCGAUGUUACAAUUCAUGCUGUCGAUGAAUAGAGAUGUAUUGACCAAUCCAAACUUGGUCAAACUGAUGAGCGACACCACAAAGAAUUUCGAUGUUGUUAUUGCUGAAUGGAUGUUCAGUGAUGUUUACUCUGGGUUAAGCUACUUGUUCAACUGCCCCUUAAUCUGGGUUUCCACCAUCGAGCCCCAUUGGGCCAUCCUCCGCCUGAUUGAUGAGAACACCCACCCAGCAUACGUUCCUGAUAGCAUGUCCAAUAACGUCCCGCCUUUCGACUUUACAGCCAGGGUGAAGGAACUGUUUAUGCAGACUUUCGGGGUGGCUGUAAAUUUAUUCUACCUCGACGGUUACCAGAGACAAUUUUUUACGGAGCUGCUAGGCCCCCACAUCAUCAAGAGGGGUAGACCUCUGAUAUCUUUCGACGAAGUGAAGUACAACGGAUCGCUGGUCCUGGGUAACUCCCACGUGUCUCUGGGUCAAGCCACAAGGCUGCCACAGGCUUACAAACCCAUCGCGGGAUACCAUAUAGACACCGUGGUAAAACCUCUGCCGGAGGAUUUGAAGAAACUUUUAGACAAUGCAAAGAAUGGUUUAAUUUACUUCAGCAUGGGUUCCAAUUUGAAGAGUAAGGACCUGCCGGAGUCGAUCAAGAAGGAUUUGCUGGAAGUAUUCGGGGGACUGAAGCAAACAGUUCUCUGGAAGUUUGAAGAGGUUCUGCCGAAUCUGCCGUCGAAUGUGCAUAUUGUAAAUUGGGCGCCACAACAAAGUAUCUUAGCCCACCCUAACUGCAUACUCUUCAUCACCCACGGUGGUCUCCUCUCCACCACCGAAGCCGUCCACUUCGGCAAACCCAUCAUUGGAAUUCCUGUGUUUGGUGAUCAGUUUAACAACAUAGACAGAGCUGUGAGGAAGGGUUUCGCUAAGAGAGUGGACCUCUCUUAUGUCAUGAAGAAUGACCUGAGAGCGGCUAUUGAUGAUCUUUUACAUGAUAAAAGUUUCACCGUAAAAGCUCGAGAACUGUCGGUGGUUUAUCACGACCGUCCAGUUCACCCGGCCAAAGAAAUGGUUCACUGGAUAGAACACGUGGUGAAGACACGAGGCGCGCCCCACCUCCGCUCACCAGCCCUGGACGUGCCACUCUAUCAGAAACUAUACCUGGAUCUAAUAGCUUUAGUCUUAUUGGUCUUGUAUGUGGUGAAGAAGAUUAUAGUAAAGGUGUGCUGCUCGAGAAAGCCAGUGGACAAGAAGAAGAAGAGGAAUUAAAAGAUAGAAGUGGUUUUAUGAAAUUUGUAGUAAAUGUGCAGAGGUUUAUUCCGCAAGUAUUUUUUGUACAUAAUAAUCAAUACUGAAUUUUUAUUAUAUUUUUUUAUUAAUUAACGAGACAUUAAUGUUGUUUAUAACUCGUUUAGAUUUUGUUCAAGUUUGUUAAGUAAUCCAAUUUUUACAAGGCUAUUUAUGAGUACAAAUAUACAUGACUUUCCGUCCUUGUAUGUUACAGGGUAGCUAAUGUUGUCAAAUUUUGUGAAACGUAGGACCAAUUUAAGCAUAAAAAAAGAGAAAUCUUGUCAUAACGUUAGAUUAAUAAAUCGUCAUUAUUAUGAGUACAAUAAAAAUACUGUUAAUUUUACAAUAAAUCGAAUUUACAAUGAAUGUGAAGAGAGAAAUAAAUUGUACACUUUGUUCAAAUUGUGAGAGAUUGAUUGUGAAAUGUAUAAAGUGUAAUAAUAAUGAUGUCGCCAAAGUUUUAAAGAGAAUAAAGGUGUAUUUUUA